AUGGACAAGACGGACAAGGGUGAUUUGCUCGUAGACUGUAUUGAAUGUGGAUUCUACAUGACCGGUGGCAACUUUUCAGGGUUCAACUCAAUCCCUAAAACUGGAACCAAGGAUUUUCUGUCGCCGAGGUCUCGUCUGACCGUUUAUUCGUGGUUACCCUACAAGAAGGGCCGCGUUGUCUACGAGAUCCAGAGAGCAUGCUACCUUGACCCGGAUGUAGUCGCUGAUAUCCGCAACGUUCAGGUCUUGGAUAAGCGUAAGAAUAGGGUCGCAGUAUCGGGGCUGACUUGCCAGGCACCUCCACCUAUUACAAAGCUAGCUAUCUAUACCACUGGCGGCUUUCAGAUUGAGUACUACCUUUCCGCUGACUUUCGCAACUGUUUUGAAGAAGUCGUUGCUGAUCGGGCAGACUACACUACCCUUCGUGUGGAUUAG